AUGCCUAAAGAAAAAAAAACAUUAGUAAAUUGCCUUCGUUGUUAUGUUGAUGAAUUUGGUUCCGAUAUUUUUAAAAUUGAUUCGAGUAUUUUAUUUUGUAAAAUUUGUGAAACCAAAGUAAAUUCUGAUAAAAAAUAUAACGUGUCUCAACAUUUAAAAACUGACAAACAUCUCAAGGGCAUUAAUCGAUGUAAAGAACAAACACAAAGAAAACAACAACAAUUAAUGACUGUUAAUAUCUCUAAAAAAACAUCAUUUAAUAAAGAUUUGUGUGAAGCUCUAAUUUCCGCAAACAUUCCGUUAAAUAAACUAUCAAACCCAAAAUUUAAAACAUUUUUAGAAACAUAUACAAAAAAUGAAAUUCCCUGUGAGGCCACAUUACGCAAAGGAUAUGUAGACGAUAUUUACACGGAGACCUUGAAUGCUAUCAGAGAAAAAAUGUCCAAUAAAAUGAUUUGGGUCAGUAUUGACGAGACCACUGAUAUCGACGGUCGUUUUAUCGCAAAUGUAAUUGUUGGUACUCUCGAAGAACAUCGUUCAGGUGAAAUUUUUUUACUUAAUUCUGAUGAGUUGGAUAAAGCUAACCAUUCUACCAUAUGUAAACUAUUUGAUAAAUCAAUGAAUACACUAUGGCCAGGUGGUAUCCACCAUGAUAACGUGCUUUUGUUUUUAUCCGAUGCCGCACCUUACAUGGUCAAAGCGGGUCAAGUUCUGAAAUCGUUUUACUCAAAAAUGAUUCACGUAACAUGUGCAGUUCAUGGGCUCCACAGGGUCGCGGAAGAAGUAAGAGGUCAAUUUAGUAUUGUCGACAAAAUCAUUUCGAGUGUGAAAAAAAUAUUUAGAAAAGCACCAAGUCGUUUACUACUAUUUAAAACAGAAGCACCAAACAUAAGCUUACCCCCAGAACCAAUUCUCACCAGCUGGGGAAGUUGGAUUAAUGCCGCAGUAUAUUAUUGUGAAAAUUUCAAGAUUAUACACCAUGUUAUUUUUAUGUUAGAUAAAAACGAAGCAAUCAGUAUAAGAGAUGCACAACAUUAUAUUGUAAAACCUGGUUUAGAAAAUAAUCUUACGUACAUCAAAUCAAACUUUGUUAAAUUAACUAUGGCUAUUGAUAAUUUACAACAGCAAAAUAUACCAUUGUCCUAG